AUGGUUUAUGAUUGGGCCGGUAAGCGGGACAUCUGCUACCGCAUGUACAUCCAAGACAAAAAGGCUCUGGAAGAGAUCAUGGAGUACAUGCGAACUGCUUAUCAGUUCGCACCAAGCAAACGUGCCUUUCAAACCCAAUUCAAACGAUGGGGAUUUCCUUCGAAGCAAAACCCAGCCCAUAAAAAUGUCCAGCUCGUCGCACGCGUCAAGGAGUUAUGGGAACAUAACACGAAUCAACGCGAUAUGCUCCGCAUUCUCAACGAGGAGGGCUUUGAGAUUAAAGAAAGAGAGUUGAUGCGCGUGCGCGCGAAGAAUCGCUGGUUACUUCGUGUUCCUAAUGGCAUGAAAUCGCAAUUGCAAUUGCAAGCGCAAUCGAACACGAACACGAACACCACGGCCCAAGAUGAAAAUGCAAAUACAAAUGCCCAGCAACAGCCAGAGGAGGAUGAAGGCCUUCUCGCUCUACAACAGGAGGUGUACAAGCAAGAUACGGAUUUUGAAGGCGCCAAUAACAACCUUGGGAAUACUCUACCACCAUCCCAAUCAGUAACGCCAAUUAUGGAAGACCCUUCAUCACCCAGAGUCUCAGCAGAUGUCGUGGCGAAGCGUAAAGAACGCCUCGACCAGCUGAAAUCAGAAAGUGCAGAACGAUGGGCUUCGAGGAAACGACGGCGCCGAACGAGAGGGUGGGCAGGAAUGCCAGCUGAUCCACCGGGACCGCCUAGAUUUCCAUCCGAGACCACGAUUGACGAGAGCAAACAAUACCUCAAUCUGGAUAACGCCAUGUAUCGCCAAAUACGGGAUCAUUUCCAAGGGAUUUGUGAAGAGACGGGCUUUGUUAAAAAGACAGCUGCAGGCCCGGAAAGAUGGCAAGCAGCUAAGGACAGAUUGAUUCAGGAAUCGCCGCAUCUACAGCAGGUUUUUAAUGCCGAGCCUAAUCAACGUGAUGCGAAGGCGUUGGCCCUGGAUGUUGUUUGCACUGAUGUGACAAAGAGGAUGAGGACACUUGAGCGACGGAUGACGAUUGCCGAGGCGAAAAAUGCUCUGGGCAUUAAUCCGGAGGAAAGUCGGCAGAUACGAAAUGCCUUCUAUGAUACACUUCGUGCGGAUCAUUUUACGAGCAAGCUCGAAGCUGGUGAUGAUCACUGGCAGGAUUUGAAAACUCAGUGGAUUCGGAGUUCGGCACUACUUCAACGAAUCCUUGAGCCCGGGCAAGCUGAUCCGGGCCAUAUUAUGAAAUUGAAGGCGAUGGAGGUUCUUUGUCGAGAUGUGAUGAAACGACUGCGCGAUGAUCAGACCAAGCGAGAUCCGGCGCGGAAAAGGUCUACUCCUCGCAGCAAUCGAAAUCAGAAUCAGAAUCAGACAUCAUCGAAUGUCACUGUCACCCCCCACUCCAUGGGCAGCAUGAAUGAGAACGGCAUCAGUAAUGGGAUAAGUACACUCGCCUCACAAGCCCUCGCCAGCGCACCGAUAACAGGCCAUGAUAUUGGAGAUAUGCAAAUCGAUCCUUCUCUACUGCAAGCUGCAAAUGACACUUCGUCAUUCACUACGAAUCCGCAACAUCAACACGAAGCUGUCGGGGGAGGAUUCGAAUAUAUGGACCCCAUCAUCAACGCGAAUCUUCUGAAUACGCACAUUUCGUUUGAAAUAAGUCCACAGAGUCACUUACAGGGUCCUCCGCCUAAAAAUUGGAUUGAGAAACUAGCCACCAGGUCGAUGGAGGAGCUCAGGCAGCUUAUCUCGGCUAAAUACCCUUACGCAAUUGUCAGUAAGAUUGAAGGCAUGGAUCGAGAUGAACAUGGGAUUGAACACUUUUUUCCUAUUGAAGAGGAUCCUGAGUUGGAUUCUUAUCUGACUCAUGUGGCUGGCAAUGGUAGGAAGGCUUCGUUUAAUCUGACCCUGGGACAAAUUUGA